UGUACACCAGAAGUUAGUAGUAAUGGGUUGCUAAUUGUUUAACAGCAUCUGCUUACAGGCUGUAAGACUAACCAUGUUUUAAAACAAUCUUGGAAAUUAUUGUAUUGAUUUGUGCUAUAUGUUUUGUACUAACUUCCUUACCACAGCUCAGUAUAGUUGUUUGGUUCUGUCUUUCAGAUGGAUGUGUCUCCCUUUCUUGUUUCUCUGCAGUGAAGUCUACUUCCUUUAUUCCUUUUUGUAAAGAAUGUGGUCGCUCAAGUCUUACAACUGUGAGCAAUGUGGAAAUGAUUUCAUCAGCCGUACAGCCUUGUACGGCUGAUGAAAGCUAAGCUAAGCACCUUGGAAAAAUUAAUUGUGAAAAAUGUGGUAAAGAAGUUUUAAAAGAGAUGCUUCAGAAUCAUGAAGAGUAUUGUGGACUCAGGACGUGCAAAGGAUACUCUAGUUUUUGUGAACCAUGAAAGGACAACCAGUGAGAAACCAGUGUGUUGCUGGGAUGUGCCUCAGAAAAGGGAAGCAAAAUUUGUGGCCAGAGAGGUGUCAACCUCCUGUAGGAUGUGCCGAAGGCAGUUUGGAACAAUCCACAGUAGAGAGCACCAUGAGGAACAAGAUCAUCACUUCACAGCCAGCAAAAAAGCUCAAAUGUCCACUGGGUUUUCACCUGGGAACAUCUUGGAGUAUAGAACUCCACAAGAACUACAAGCAUUUGUGCAAGAAAAGCUUCGACCUAUCUCAGGCCCUGUGAGCAUUGCCUGUGCUGUGGAAAUAGAGGCAAUUAUUAGUGUGAUCAAGGAAUACUUCCCAUUGCCAGUAGCUAGUCUAAUCAAGGGAGACUCGUAUAUAAAAGGAACGGAUACUCAAGUCUGGUCAGAUGUUGAUAUAGUGCUAUUUAGUGAAGCCUUUGAAAAUCUGGAAGACUGCAAAAAGAAAUUGCCAGAGGUUAUAGAUGAUUUAGGAAAAAGACUGAAGAAGUCUUCAUGGGCCAACAGGAUAGCAAUGAAGAAAAGGACCCAGUUCUCCUUACGAUUUAAUUUCAAGUGCUAUAAGAAUCUCCACAGUCACUCAUUUGAUAUCAUGCCCUGUUAUGAAAUGCUGGGGCCUGCGCCAUCAACAGGUUUAAAAUGGAGCUUUUACCACAAUCUCUAUCUCUGCCACGAUACUGACAAAAUCCAGCUGUACACGAUGUCUCUGCUGCCAUACCAGGUUGAGUUUAUCAAGGAAUGCACUGUGCAGGUGAAAGCUCUGAUACGCUUGGUUAAGUAUUGGUUCAGGACUUCAUUUGCUAUGCCAAUGGAACAAAAUAGGUUUCGCAGACUUCCUUCUUCCUAUGCUGUAGAGCUCAUCACAGUCUACAUCUGGCAGCUGGCUGGGAAACCAAUAUUUUUCAGCCUUGUUCAGGGCAUGAGAGCUAUUCUAAAACUCCUGGUCCGGUAUUCUGAAAUCUGCAUCAUUUGGUACAAACACUACAGCCCCCAUUGCACAACUUUCAAAAAGGUGUUGAAGAAACAAACCAGGCCAUUUGUUUUGGAUCCUACAAACCCAACUUUUAAUGUGUGUGAGAACAGCAAUGCCUGGGAUGAAGUGGCUCAUGUAGCAAGACGGAGCCUUCUUAAGCCUCUUUUUAAUGGUGUGCCAGCAAAGGAGCCCUGGCUUUUUACAAACAGCUGGUAAAAAACAGACAGGCUGACACUGUCAGUA